AUGAGAAUGAAUAUCAAAAGCCAGAGCUCCAAUAGUAAUUGGCCAGAAGGGAGGAAGUGCUACAUAAACAUUCUUAGAGGGGCAAACCAGCCGAGGAAAAGAGAGCACGUGCUCAAGAAUGUCAUCCUUUCUCAACGGAGCUGAAUGGCCUCUCUGGAAUAGAAGGCAAUGAGUGGGCAGGCACUAAAGAUAUGACAGAGAGAAAUCAAAUCCCGAAACUCCUGCCUGGCAUGGCCGCACAACCACCUUCUCUCGUUCGCCAGCCACCCGGAAGACUUGAUCAGGAAAAACUGGACGGAAAUUCAAAGCGGAUUCCAGUUACGGCGAACCAUUCUUUGGUUUCUCUCGUGUCCGCGCAAGUUCUUUGUUGACGAUUUUGUGCAGUGGUUUCACGAGAAAGCAGUGUUAUUCAUUCUGGGGAUCCCUCUCAAGCGAAAGUAUCUUGGGUUAUUCUAGCGGACUAUCGAAACAUCUGUGUUGAUCAAGGAACCAUACUCAUUCAGAAACACUACCGGAAUCUCGACAGUAACACUAGAGAGGUGACAAUGAGCGAGGUCCAGUUUCGUCCGUGUGAGAAGUUUCCAGGCAGAAAACAGAAAUCAACACCGACGCAUCACUGGGGAGGAGACGUCGUUCAUUAGAACCUUUUCACUGAAGGGAGUUUCAAAGAGGGACCGACUGAGGGCAACGCAAAGCGCUCCUCAACCUCAACGUGAUGGGCUGCACACGGAUCUCCCUCAAGGUGUGGCUUCUUGUCUUCGCCAUCCACUGCUACACCAGAGCUGCUGCAUCGCCGCCACCCAACACAAGGCACAAGACGCCUGCUGCGAGUGUCGUCAGCAAUCUGCAAGACAGCAGCCCCGAAGCAGUAACAGAAGCAGCAGCCAUGCCAGUCGGGGUGCCACCCGCAUCUCAUUUAGAUAAAAGCUAUGGUGAAGAUGACGUCACCAGAGGCACAGGGCGUGGUUCCACCGUGUUGGUGGGCGUGGCUGUCUGGUCAGGAUGGCAUGGAUCAACUCUUCGAAUACACCGGUGGAACAACAGACGCAACAACGUGCAUGCACGAGCACGGCCACCGGAGGCAGACCUGGAACCAGUCUCCCGUGACGACAAUGGCAGCAGCAGCGGCGGCGUCGUCGGCUACGGAAAGAGGGCCGGGGUGCAGCCCCCCCAAGACGGAUCCAGUCGCACGAACGAACCUGCCCCCUUAGCCACCGGGAAUUCUCCAUCUGGCCGCCAUCAAGCGACACCAGCAAUAAGCCGUAAAACUCCACACGGUCAACUCAUCAAACCAAAAAUGAAGGUCGUCGAUUCCGAAGAGUUCUGUUCUGCGUAUUUAAGAGGCGCCGUCGACACAAGGAAAGAGGUGGCUCCCUUACGGCUGAUGAAUGACACGCCAUCCUCUGACAAGUUCACGAGGGACAAGGGGGUCGUUCUGUACGUCAUCAAUCAACGGACUGCACAAAUUAUACUGCACAAGGUUUUCCCCCUUGGAGAAUACUGGGCACACUGGGCUGACCUGCAAUGGCACAUACAGCGCAUACACACCGGGAGGCUCGUGGUUCUUACUGUAUCUAGUUACGGUGCCUCAGGACUGCGUAAAACAGCAAAUAUUUUAGCCAGUCUGGGAUCUGCAUUUGCCCUACAUCUUACAAUGUAUGCUCAAUGGAACUGGGUCUUCAUCAAAGGGGGCAAAACCAUAUCUGAAACUGUGAUUCUCAAUGGAAAAGGUAGUCAUCACCUUCACACAGCUCUUCAUCUGACCACUUGGGUGAAGGUUAGCAAAGAACAAGAGAACAGUCUGCUUUCAUAUGUGCGACUGAAUUUCUGCGAGAAGCAAGGUGGCAUGGGAGACCUUUGCAGUGAAGAAAACGCACCACAGCUGCCAUUUCCACCCUCACCUUCACUCGAUGAGGCAACAAUGAAAGACUUGGCUGGCAUUCCCAUCAUCAUAACUGCUGGAAAUCGACAUCAGUAUUUGUAUUACACCUUGACAAGCAUUUUAAAAGCACCAGGGGUCCACUCUCAAAACAUACUGGCAAUAUUAGGAGAUGCAACAGAAGCCACGAUGCAACUACUUUGCCUCUUAAAUGUAAAUUUCACCACUAUUUUGAGUGAAGGCGAAGGUAACCGCAAACUAUUCCGUUACUACAGAAAAGUGUACGACUUUGUAUAUCGCAAUUUUCCCAACAGCGUAGCAGCUAUAUUCCUUGAUGAAGAUGUUAAGGUCUCUCCGGAUUUCUUCUCCUUCAUGGGUAAGACCAUUAGGCUUCUUAAAGAAGACCCAACACUCUAUUGUAUUAAUGGAUUCUCAGCCACUGGUUUCUCAGGCCUGGCACACGACCCAUGUGUUGUUCUUAGAGCCAGGGUUCAAGUGGAAUGGGGCUAUGCAAUUUCACUCCCCUUCAUUAAAGAAGCUUUAAAUCAAUGGCCUCUCAACCCUGAGGAAAGCGACACCCUUUUCUAUGAUGAAUGGCUAUACAGGCAUGUAAGUGGUAAAAGGGAAUGCUUAUUUCCUGAAGUAAGCAGGACUAAUCAUUUUGGAAUGGGUACUAAUACCAAUGCCUACAACACAGAAGCUUACUUUUUAUCUAUGCCACUUGUUAACAUCAGCAACGUGCCCCUGAAGGGUCUGGAUAGUCUCAUCCUUCCUCAAUACAACAGUGAACUCAAAAGACGCAUAUUGACAGCGACAUUGCUGACUGGAAGUCCCUGCAGGCAGAAUUUCAUUCCCAUAACUACACAGCCAACAGACUUUGUCUUCUAUUACAGCAUGACUAAAGAUGACAACGGUAAUCCCAUAUUCUUGAAUUUCUUCUACACAGCUAAAUGUCUUAAUGCCUGGGCAUUGUCAGACCAAGGCCUGCAUGACCUUGUACUGACAGUAAAAACCAGCCCCACAACGACGGUAUUUUUGGUGGGUGCGCCUUAUUCCCCAUAUGGACACCUCUGCCCAACUUCAGUCAAGCCAUGGAAUUUCAAUUCUCUUCAAGAUCAAGAACAUGAGGAACUUAUAGAGAAAAUAAAACAUCUAGAACUUGGCAACUAUAAAAUUCCUAAUACCAGCAUGAAUGCUGAUAACUUGAUGGAAAUGUUGUCCAACAAUAAUAAAAAGCAAAAAACGCAAACUUAA